UAACAUUCGCUUGCAGUUCCCUUGAACGAGCCAUCGAGUUUUCGAGACACCAUCCACGCGAGAUUCACGAUUCACCGUGAGACGAUCGACGGAGCCUCGUUGUCGCAGAGGGAGAGAAGAGAACCGCGUGGCCGCCUCGAAACGUCGAUCUUCGUUCAACGCGUGCGAUACGAUGAGAUCGUUCUCGGGAAAUAACGAAAAUGUGACGUGAGACUGGCCGAUAGAGAGCCUUGGCAAGAACGUGACACGUUUCGCAGUCGGUCGUUCAGUGUGUGGCACGCACUCCGCCAAAAUGCCAGUGAGAAGGACCAAUUUCCACGCGUUCACCAGUGCGCUUGUGUCGGUACUGUGCUUGGUCCUGGUGGCGCUUCGUGUCGGCCAGGUCACCGGUCAAUUAUUGGACACGGAGUUUCAACCGACGGUUACAGCGACAUGCAAGGCCGGACACAUGACGAUACGAGUGAACCUGAAUCAGAGUUUCGUGGGAGCUGUUCACGCCAGAGAUUUUCGGACGCCGCAGUGCAUGGCGCCCGGAAACGGCUCCACGCACGCCACCCUCGCCAUUAAUCUUCUCGCGCCCAAAGGUUCUCCGGAUUACUGCGGCGUUCUGGUAAACAAUGACACCGAGGAGCGCUCCAUCCCCAUCGCGGUGAGGAUACACAAGACCCUGGAGCUGGCCGACGAUAAAUUCUACGUGAUCACGUGCGGAAAAGCUGGAUUCAAAAACGCCAAGAACGAGACCUCGUUGGUGUCGUUGCGCCUUUUGGACGGAGGCCACAAAGUGCAAGAGGCUAUUUAUGGUCACAACUACACUUUGCGUGCGGAGAUCUCGCGACCAGAUGGAAUGUACGGAAUCAAGGUAAAGUCCUGCUUCGCGUUCAACAAACGAAACACCAGCGUGCAGCUGAUCGACGAUAAAGGGUGUCCCGUAAAGGCUCGGGUCAUGACGAAAUUCAUCUACGAUCGGAACACCGGCCUGGCGGAUGCGACAUUGUUCUCCAUGUUCCGGUUCCCCGACAGUCCGCAGGUGCAUUUUCAAUGCGACAUCGCCGUGUGCAGAGGAAGCUGCGGCAUCCCCGUUUGCGAAGGCGAUAACGAGGAAGAUAUAAAGGGAGCGUCCUUAAUUAAUGGGCAAAGCGUGAGCGGCGAGGAAGGAGUGCUCCUGGCUGGCACGAGUGUGUUCGUUCUUGACCCUGGUCAAACGCCAUCCGUUCAGACACUGUACGAGGACGGCAGCGUUCAUCCGUUAUGGCUGUUGUGGCUGGCGGUAGCUCUUGGCAUUCUAUUCCUCAUCAUGCUGAUAAUCAAUAUAUUCCUCUGCUCGGCGAUGACCUGCAGCUGCACCAGGACGGACAUUAUCGAGAAGGAGCCAUCGAUUAUCGAGGACUACGAUCCGUAUCGUAGCUGGCACGGCUCCCAAUACGGCUCGAGGUACUCCUUAAACGGGAAGCAAGGAUACGCUUCCGGAGGAUCGACGAUGAAUUCCACGAGGUCGAUAUCGACCAACAGCGACCACUACGCCAUAGUCCACUCCAGGCCGGGGAGCAGAUACUCCGGGCCAGGCCAGAAGCACCAUCAUCAUCACAGAGGGCCGCCAUCGAACAUCGGCUCGCACUAUUCCGGCAAAUAAUAUCCGCCGGACUUACGUAACGCAAACGGAGGUGGAAAAUAUGAGAAGAUAGGACGAACUGUUAUUUUCAUUAACGUCUCGGACAUAAUUCAAGCUCUUUUGUAACAACGCAACCACGCGUAACGGGUAUCUAGAUUCGUUAGAGUCAUUGCUCACGCUGUUCAAAGACAAACUGCUAUGGAUGAGAUGAUAGACAAUGGUUGAUCCUUGACUCGAAAUAGAAGCGUGCCGACGCCUCGCCGAUCAUUCGUUUAAACGUACUUUCAACGAAGGAGCAAUCACCGCUUCGCUGUUCGUGAAAUUGAUUUCGCGUUAAGGAUCGACUCGCGUAGCUCGACACGUCCUCGAUAGUUACUACCGGCAUGUCGCACACGUAGCACGGUCCCAGGUGGCUGCCUCGUGGUGCAUUUCUCUACCAACUGUUCGAGAAACGAAAGAGCUAUCUCGCGCCAGCCUCGAAGAGGCGGGCAAAGACCUCUUCGAGGAAGAUCGAAGCGUAAGCAAAAUGCGCGCGAAUCGCGAGCUAUGGCAAUCCGUUCCACUUAUGGUUAGUAUUCUUCGUAACGAGAGACGGUUCUUCAGGCUAGAUCGUAUAUGUAUCAUAUGAUAGUCAUAAACAUAGGUACUUAGCAUCCUUCCUUUUUUUAUAACACUGCGCAAUAUCGUACUUAUCUAAGCGGAAUUAGACGAACGCUUUUGUACAUAAAUUCGUUAAUCGGAGACACGGUCCAUCGCGAUCAGCCACUCGCGUGCUUCAAUUCCGUCCACCUGGGUGUAAGCGUCAUCGUCGCGAGCGAAAUUUGUAUUUUGUAUAAAAAAAAAGAGAGAGAGGGAGAGAAAAGAAACGGAACGAAAACGAAACGAGAGGUCUGCGAGUUGCAGAUAAGAGAGACAGGAACAAGGCGUAGACCAAGAUUUUCGCUCUGUCUCGUAGGCACGAAUUUUUAUUGUAACAGCUCAAUGAAACAUUCCAUGUUCAACGAGUCGCAAGUACACGCCCUUUAAAUACAGUAAAAAUGUGGAAAAA